GUCGUCAUCUGAGGCUUGAACAUAACGAAACCUUUUCUCCCUCGAACACUGCAGCAGCAGCAACAGCAGCAGCGCCAAACACAAAACAACACACCUACCUCCUCCCCACCAUUAACAUCGUCAUAAUCAUCAUCAUCAUCAUCCACAAAAACAACCAUGUCCUCCCCGCCGCCCACGAACCCGUUGAAACGGCCCUCGAUCUCCUCGUCGGCCUCGCAGCCGGCGGGCUUCAACCCCAAGCGGCCCCGCAUGCACCCGCUCCGCCAGACCUCCUUCCCCAACACGAUGGACCUGGACUCCUCGUCGCGGGCCUACAGCGACGCCGGCAGCGUCACGGGCAGCUUCACGGGCAGCCUGGGCGGCACCAGCGCGGACGGGGUGUUCCUCACGACCAAGGGCAAGAAGCGCGGGCGCAAGAGCAAGGCCGAGAAGGAGCGCGAGCAGCGCGCCGAGGAAGGGAGUCUACGGGCGGGGAUGGUGGAUCGGAUGGGGUCCGUGGACGCGGAGGGCGCCUCGGUGAGGGCUGGUGCUGGGGGAGGCACAGGGGCAGGGGCAGGCGCAGGAGGAGGCGGGGAUGAUGCUGAUGAGGAUGAUGAUUUUGAUGAUGAGGGUGAACUACUGGGUAGGGAGGAAGGGACCACGGAUACGGAGGCGGAGAAGAAGAAUCUUGCAUUACUCGUGGACGCGUUUAAUCCGCUGCAGUCGGAGCGAUACGAUCUGUUCAAGCGAGCGAAGCUACGAAAGGAGACGCUACGGAGAAUUGUCAAUCAUGCGCUCUCGCAAUCGGUGCCGGCUAGCGUGGUGACGACGAUUAACGGAUUUACGAAGGUGUUUGCGGGCGAGAUUAUCGAAAAGGCUCGAACGGUGCAGGCGGAAUGGGCCGAAGCUCAUGACCAGGCGGCCUCCAGUUCCACCUCCACCACCCCAACCACGACGAACCAUCAUCCCGGAGUGGUCAAGCCACAGGGCAUGAUAGAUAGAGGCGGACCACUGCUGACGACGACUGCUGCCAAAAACGAGAUGAAGGCCAAAUUACCUCCCAAUCCGCACCGGGGGCAGCUCCUUCCGGCCCAUUUGAGGGAAGCGCUUCGGCGGUAUAAGCGAGAUGGGGAAGGAGGUGGCGUUGGAUUCUCCGGAUUGAGUAUGGGCAAUCUGGGGGUUCGGGGGUCGGUGACUUGGGCUGCAGGUAGCGUCGGAGGACGGCGCAUCUUUCGUUGAGUGCUGACGGCCAAGACCCAAGACAAUUAGGGACUGAAUCAUGAAGAGGUAUGGAUUUUGGUCAGGUGGGGGGGGGGUUGGUUGAGGUUAGAGGGAGUAAGAGAGGGCCUUCGGGAAUUGAGAGAGGGAAUGGGAGAGGGCGAGGGCCAAAGUGCCAAGAAAAAAGAGACCCAUCAAUCAUCCCUACCGUGGAUAAACCCUCUGUCUGUCAGUGUCUGUCAAGUGAGUGAAUGUACGCCGUACGGUACUCCCCGUUUUCUUUUCUUUUGCGACCAUCAAAAUUUUCUUCUCCCACCUGCCACCUGCCGAAAAAGCGCAGAGUGGUGACAGGUCGAAGAUGGCGAUGUUUUAGACUAAUAAUACGUGUUUGUCUCCAUUAUAGUGAGAAUGGGUUUCAAUGGAGGCUUGAUAGUCAUUGAUCAACGCAACGC